AACGUUAAUAUUGUACUAGUUAGACCAAGAUAUAUGUAUAUAUAUACAAAGAUAAAGAGAGAGAAGAAAACAAUAAAGAAGGAUAUAUUUUAUAAAUCUGUGCCAAAGCGCGCAAGUGAAAAAAUAAUUAUUGGAGUAAACAAAGAAAAUUCGACAGCUAAUGCUUUUGUGACGAGUGUUGGUGUGUCCGGAAGUCGAUUAUAUUCAUUGUUCAAUAUUACUCAUUUUUUCUCUUUGGUCUUGAUGAGGCUGAUGGAACCCCUGGGUAUCGCCCCUGAAACCGUAGAGAUACGUACAUUAACACGAUGGGCCGAAGUACCAGUUCAACAUCGUUAUACAGACUACUCAAAUUCAUUAGGAGAAGCUAAUCAUUUUACGGAUUGUCCUUUUCCGUCUCAAAAUUCAAUUAAUCGCAAGAUUGCAUUAUGGACUGGAGACAUAUCGGUGCUACAAGUUGAUGCGGUGGUGAAUCCUACCAAUGAAACUAUGAAUGACAAUAGUUCUACGUGCCAAAAAAUAUUUUCCCGAGCUGGUCCAGCGCUUAAUAUCGAAAUUGACAAUGACAUCAAAGAAUGUAAAACAGGCGAAGUACGAGUAACUCAAGCCCAUAAUUUACCUGCUCGUUUUAUUAUUCAUACAGUCGGGCCAAUUUACAAUGUCAAAUAUCAAACAGCAGCUCAAAAUACUUUACAUUGUUGUUAUAGGAAUGUUCUACAAAAAGCCAGAGAAAUGGGAUUGCGUACUGUUGCAUUACCUGUAAUUAAUUCAGUUCAUCGUAAUUAUCCACCAGAUGCUGGAGCGCAUGUUGCAAUUCGUACGAUACGCCGUUUUCUAGAGCAGUACAAUGAUUCAUUUGUCUGCAUUGUUCUCGUUCUUGAACCCUGUGAUCUGGGUAUUUAUCAAAUUCUUCUGCCACUUUACUUCCCACGAAAUUACGAAGAACAAGAAAACGCAUGUUGGCAAUUACCAAGUGAUAUCGGAGGUCCUGAUGGUGAACCACUUUUGCCUGAUCGACAAAUUCGUAUCAUAGACAAUCCUCAGCAUACACUCCACAGCGAUGAAACGAUUGAAUUGUCAAGUCAGCUCGAUACCUCAUUGAAUCUUGGUGAGCAUGCAUUUACCCAGAUGCAAGGAGACUUAGAUAGACAAAGGCUGCUUGGGGAACGACCACUUACUGAUCCUAUUGCUGAUAUCAUGAUCAAGCAGAUGCAGCAAAAAGAAAGGUAUGAAAGAUUACUCAGACGAGCCAAAAUGGAAGAUCUGACUGAAGUUUCAGGAAUUGGGUGCCUUUAUCAAAGUGGUGUUGAUCGACAAGGAAGGCCAGUUGUCGUUUUUGUUGGUAAAUGGUUUCCAGCAACUAAAAUAAAUCUAGAUAAGGCCUUACUAUAUCUGAUUCAACUACUAGAUCCCAUUGUCAAAGGUGACUACGUCAUAGCCUACUUUCAUACACUUACCACCAAUAACAAUUACCCCAGUUUUCGAUGGUUACGUGAAGUAUACGAUGUGCUUCCUUACAAAUACAAAAAAAACCUUAAACAUUUCUACAUCAUUCAUCCUACUUUUUGGACCAAGAUGAUGACUUGGUGGUUUACUACAUUUAUGGCACCAGCAAUAAAACAAAAAGUUCAUAACUUACCUGGUGUUGAAUAUCUAUACGAGGUAAUGCCUCCAGAUCAAUUGGAAAUACCAGCUUACAUUACGGAAUACGAUAUGACGAUCAAUGGAAUAAGAUAUUAUCAGCCCAUUCAAUCACCAGAUUCAUUAACGUAA